AUGUCUGGCCGUCGUAAGACAAUGCCAACAAGACUUUUGGAAACCGUGGAAACAUUUUAUCCAAUAACAACUGUCGAAUCGAUGCCAAGUACUUCAACUGCUAUUGGUGUUCAAACAGUUAAGGAUACUUUACUGAUAACAGAACCAACUACACCAAUGAAAAUGUCCACAGAAGAGCUUACUUUGGAUGAUAUUGUUAAGCAAGAAGAAAUAACUAAGCAACGUGCCAUAAGGGAGUUCACAUCUGUUUCAUCACCUCGAGCACAAGUUGAUUCAUCGAAGAGCGAUGCCUCAAGCAUUUCUGAACAUACCAGCACGUCAGGUUCAACCGGGGUGACGGAUAUCCCGGAUAUCUUGGCACAAACAGAACACGGAUGCCGUGUACUAAUUGAUGGUCACGCACUGCGUGAAGUUCUUAACAGUGUUGACACGUACGAUGGCAAACUCGAUCUCGUACAAGACCUUAUUCGGCAGUUAAAAGCUGUUAAAGAACGUUUGAGUUGUGGUGAAAUACAUAUCAAUAAAGAGGAUAUUGAAGAGACAAGUCUCAAAGAUGCGGACGAAUUGGUUGCGGAAACUAAGGAACAAAGUUGUUUCCAGAAAAUGUCAGCUGGUAACUUAGAUGAAUUGAUGCUGAGGCAACAAUACCUUAUCCAACAACAACGGAAUCAACAACGAUUGCUUGCCAUGGCAUCUGCCCUUCAUGCUGCGCAACAUUCCAACGCUGUACGACUAGGCUGUAUGCUACCGUCUGGUACCAUUUUUUUUCUGUUCUAA